UUUUAUAGUAAGUCAUUAGUUUUAAGUAGGUUACUAAACUAACCAAUCAUGACUGCACAAAAUCAAUCAGAUACAGCGCCGGCAAAUAGCGGCACAAAGGUUGUGCAAAUCACAAAUAUUGCACCUCAAGCAACUAAAGAUCAGAUGCAAACAUUAUUUGGGUUUCUUGGGAAGAUUGAAGAUAUUAGAUUAUAUCCCACCAUAAGAGAUGUGUCAGUCCCAGUUCAAUCAAGAAUUUGUUAUGUUAAGUUUUUUGAUCCUAAUUGUGUUGGUGUUGCCCAACACAUGACCAACACAGUCUUCAUUGACAGAGCUCUGAUAGUUACUCCUUACUCUGCAGGGGAGAUCCCAGAUGAAUAUAGAGCCCUUGAUAUUGCUGCUCAAACCAAUAUUAUUCCUGGGCUCUAUGCGGCUGACCCCAAACUUCCCCCUCAUGUUACAAAUCAGAUUGAAGGUAUGCCUCCAAAUCAGGUGAUAACAACUCAUGAUCCCCUUUUAGCUUCUAAUGGUUUGCCCCCUUAUCCUCCACUCCCAGUUACAUAUGAUGCUCGUAGGAUAGAAGAAAUACGAAGAACACUUUUGGUGAUAAACAUUGAUAACUCUAUUUCAGCGCAGCAGCUGAUCGAUUUUUUUAGCACUGCUGGGGAUGUUAAAUAUGUGCGCUUCUGUACCAGGGACAAUGACAGUAACCGGUAUGCUCUGCUUGAAUUCUCUGAACAAAGCAGCAUAAUUCCUGGCUUGAAAAUGAAUGGAACUGAACUGGCUGGAAAAAUGAUACAAGUAUACCAUGCAACUCAAGCAAUUGCAAAACCAAUGGCCAAAAGCAAUGAAGCAGCUCAAAGAGAAAUUGAAGAGGCUAUGACAAGGGUAAAGGAAGCUCAAAGUUUGAUAUCAGCUGCAAUUGAUCCUGUUAUUGGAAUCCUUUCCAAGGACAAGAAGCGUAGUCGAAGUGGAUCCAAGACUAGAAGAUCACGAUCAAGAUCCCGAGGAAGACGCCAUCGCCGAUCUCGAUCACGAUCCCGCCAUCGGUCUAGACAUCACCGAAGAUCAAGAUCAAAAUCUAGAAGAUCAAGGUCAAGAUCUAAAAUCUCUCGUUCAAGAAGGUCUCGAUCACGAGACAAAAAGCGCAGGUCAAGAGAUCGGAAGAGGAGUCGCUCUAGAUCUCGCUCCAAAAGUAAGCGCUCAAAGAGAUCCAGGUCUAGAAGGAGAUCUAGGUCCAAAUCAAAGUCAAGAUCGCGAAAGGACAGAUCCAAGUCUCCCAGAAAAUCCAAAGACAAGGAUAAGAAAAAAGAUAAAGAAAGGAAGAGUGAAGAUAAGACAAACCUAGAUAAGAUUAGUGAACGUUCUUCUAAAGCCAGUAUAAAAUCAGAACCUAAAGAUUCUGAUAGUGACAAACUUGAUUCUGACUCCAAAAAAGCUAAAUCCGUUUCAAGAACUCCUGACAAGAAAAUUGGUAGGUCAAGAUCUCGUUCUCGAGGAGAUAGUGGUAGUCCAAGGCGAAGGAGCACAAGCUUAUCCCCUGGCCGUAGACGUAUUAGUCGUUCCCCAUCAAGAUCUCCCAUACGGCACAAGUCUAGAUCACCAAGAAAACUGAGUAGAUCCCCAGUUAGAAAACGUAGGAGUCAUUCUUCUGGGCGCAAAGGAAGCCGUUCUCCAGGAAGUCGCUCCGUAAGCCGUUAUCGUAGCCGUUCUGGAUCUCCACCUCCUCGUCGUCAUAGUCGCUCUGGUUCCCCUUGAAAAUUGGUGUAGGCCUAUAAGUCUAUUGUAGAAAGGUUUAAACAGUUUUGCUAUGACUAGGUAGGCCUAAUAUGAUCUAGGCUACACAUAACAAAGUUUAAAAGUAAUUUUCCAAUUAUGUUUUUAACGUAAAAUUGAGCCUGAUCCCCUUGAUUAAACUUAGUUCAAACUUGCUUUGCUUAGCUCCAUUUAUUAAACUUAACUUAAUGUUUUGGUUUUAUAUUUUUUUAUUUAUUGAUAGCCUUUUGAUAAAAGUAACUUUGACGAUUUAGUAGCACUGACUAUUUUCACUGUUCAAUUCCAGAGAUAGGUAUUAUGAACGACAUCAAUAUCAGUUACUUGGAGGCUAUAUUAUAUUAUGAUUUGUCUCUAAAGUUACUGUUAGCAAACAUUUGAAGCUGUGGCACUCAUUUCAAUUCUUAGGCUAUAAGUUAUGUUCAAAUACCGGUACUGUACUGGUACGGUACCAUGGUUCUUAACUUUUGAGUUAAGGUAAUAAAUUUUGAGUAUAGGCCUUACUCUAUUGUAAUGUCAGAUUAAUUAUGCUUUUGUAUACAGAGUGGCCCAUUUUUUGAAAAAUUAUUUGCCUUAGCCUAUUUAUUUUUUUAUGAUCAAUGUUAUAAAAAGUGUAAAAUUACUGUGUUUAUUAUUCAUGUGUACCGUAGGUUAAGUACUCUUGGUUCAAUAAAUCAUACUUAAUAAUUCCGAGACAAGAUUUAGAUAGGGUUUUUUGAUUUUGUAAAUUUUGUUUUCAAACUAAAUUUGAGACCAUUACAUAUCUCUUUCCAAAGCCUGUUGUUAUGACCACAAAAGCAACUAUCAGCUAAAUGUGCAAAAAGAUUGAUUUGAUUAAUUAAAGCAGAGUUGUUUCCAUAUUUGAUUAUGUACCUAAUAGUAAGAGAAUUUUCAUUUGUGUAAUGUUAAAAAAAAUCUUAUUUUAAAUAAAAACUUUAAACAUUGA